UAUUUUAAAUAUGCAGUUAUUUAUAAAAAAAAUCUGUCAUGGGAGGUAAUAAAAAAGACAACAAACCUAAUGUGGAAUUUCGCAGAGGUGGAAAAUACAGAAAUUCUGCAAAAGCAUUGUUGCCUUAUCGGAGUAAGAAAGCAAUCGGACAUCCCAUUGAUAAUGCUGGAUUCUUUUCCACUGUGUUUUAUUCGUGGGUAACCGGCUUAGUAUGGAAGUUAUACAAGUCUCCAGUUCCAAUUGAAAGUCUGUGGAAAGUUCCAAAGUAUGACGCUGCCGAAACCAACUGCCAGAGGUUCGUUCGAUUAUGGUCUGAGGAGAUAAAAAAUAAAGGGGACUUGGCAUCUUUGAAACGGGUUAUUUUCCGUUUUAUACGUACAAGACUGGCCGUUUCUACAAUAUGCAUAUUAUUUUUUGUUCUUGCACAGUUUGCAAGUAAUGGAAUCGUCGUGAGGUAUUUGCUGCAAUAUGUUGAAACCUCAAAUUCAGACUUGAAAGCCGGGAUAUUACUAGUCGUUGGGAUGUUGAUAGCUGAAGUGAUAAGAUUGAUUUGCUUCUCCAUGGCAUUUGCUGUAAGCAUGAGAUCUGGAGCCCGCACUCGGGCCGCAUUAACAAUGGCAGUUUUUCAAAAAAUACUCCAAGUACCACCAACAGAAUCUUCGAGCGUUGGAGAAAUUGUGAAUUUAUGCUCUAGCGAUGGUGACCGCGUAUUUGACGCUAUUAAUGUUGGACAUUUGCUGUUAACUGGUCCUAUUAUGUUCGUGGUUGGCACCACUUACGUUUGUUUUUUAGUUGGACCAAUUGCAUUGAGUGGUUGCGGUAUUUUUAUUCUAAUUUUGCUGCUUCAAAUUGGUCUGAUGAAAGUUUUGAAUCUUUUAAGACAAAAAGCUGUCAAAUUUACAGACCAGAGAGUAAAAUCAAUCAAUGAAAUUCUCUCUUCCAUUAAACUUAUUAAAAUGUAUGCAUGGGAGGAAUCUUUCACUAAAGUUGUUCAUCAUAUACGAAAUAACGAAUGGAAGUAUCUUCAUCGUGCAAUGUUUCUUCAAAGUUUUAAUAUGGGGUUGGCCGGACUAACACCUUACGUGGCCACGAUAGUAACAAUAGUCUUAGCGAUAUUACUGGGUCAGAACAUCACAAGUUCUGAGGCUUUUACUUGCUUUUCAAUGUUUCAUCUCAUGUCGUUCAGUUUGAAGGUCAUACCUGUGGCUAUGAAGAAUGUCGCAGAAGCAGGGGUGGCGAUUGACAGAGCUCAAAAAGUAUUAAAUCGAAGAGAAUUCAUCGAUUAUUUGACGAAAGAAAUAAAAUCACCAGACGUUCCUAUUGUACUGAAUCAAGCAACUCUAUCGUGGCCUACGGAAAGCAUAAACGCGGAUGGCGGAAAUGGUGUUGAAAAAUCUGACGACAUUUCAAAUAACAUUGAUGUUGAAAAGAGUGGAUUGACUAAAAAUGGAUUGUCCACAUCGACACAGUCAUCUUCGUGCCUAAGCAACAUUACCAUGGAAAUAGCCAAAGGGUCGUUAAUCGGUGUUUGUGGCCGUGUUGGAAGUGGAAAAAGUUCUCUUGUAUCUAGCAUGCUCGGUUAUCUUCAAUUAGAUGAUGGAUCCGUAGCUGUAAGCGGAUCGAUUGCUUACUGCGCUCAACAAGCGUGGAUAAUGAACGAUACGAUUCGUGAUAACAUAACUUUCGGAUUACAAUAUGAUACUGAGAAAUAUGAUAGAAUAGUAAAGGCGUGUUGUUUGUUGCCAGACUUUGACAUAUUACAAAGUGGAGAUUUCACUGAGGUCGGUGAACGCGGGGUCAAUAUGAGCGGCGGCCAAAAACAAAGGAUUAAUAUUGCAAGAGCGAUUUAUAUGGAUAAAGACAUAUAUCUUUUAGACGAUCCCCUCAGCGCGGUUGAUGCCCAUGUCGGGAAAGCUUUAUUUGAAAAUGCAAUUGUGAAACUUUUGAAAAAUAUGGGAAAAACAAUAGUGCUAGUGACACAUCGACUUGAGUAUUUACCAUACUGUGAUAAAGUAGUUCUGAUGAAAGAUGGUCGCAUUUGGGAACAAGGAACUCACGACGAACUUUUGAAUGACGGAGACGAAUAUUACCAACUUUAUAAAAUGUGGUCAAAAGAAAAAGAAGGCGAUCAGCAAGAGAAACCGAAAAAUACAAUAAAAGAGAAACUAUUGCCUUCCGUUGAUGAUGAAAUUUACAGCCAUGCAGAAAAAAUGAAACGUGGUCGACUCAUGACCAUAGAGGAAAAAGCGAAGGGAGCUAUAAGCGCCGAAGCCUAUAGAAUGUACAUUAAAGCCGCUGGAGGUUGGUUCGUAACUAUUUUUAACUUUUUCACUUUUAUUUUGUUCAUUGGUUGUCAGCAAUUUUCAUCGGCGUGGAUGUCAUAUUGGCUAAAACAAGGAUCUGGUCGCAAUGUUUCAACAAUCGAAGUUAUUGGCAACAAUUUUACGGGGCUACCAAGGGAAGCAAAUUUUUCGUCGGGUUUUAACUCUACGUUUGAUUUUACUGUUUCAACUAGUCUAACACCAAGUCAAACUACGGUAUCGCCCCUGCCCUUUGUUGAAGAUAGAGUAAUUGAUAACCCAAAAUUGUACUUUUAUCUGUCUGUUUUUGGAUACACUAUUGCUGCUUCUGUAUUUUCCAUGAUGUUAAAAGCUUAUGUCUUCGCCACAUUGAGUUUACGUGCAUCUCAUGGACUACAUAAUAUGUUAUUUGACAAAAUAAUGCACAGUACCGUGGAAUUUUUUGAUACAACACCGACUGGACGAAUACUGAAUCGAUUUCAAAAGGAUCAAGAUAUGUUGGAUACUAUAAUUCCGAUGUUGGUGGAUUUAGUUCUGUCAUUUUGGGUUCUAAUUCUUUCUUGUCUUAUUUUUAUCGCGUAUGUGUUUCCGUACUUCCUUGCUUCUAUGGUGAUCUAUGUCCCCGUAUUUUUGGCUGCAUUUUUCAUCUUUAAAAGAGCUGUUACAGAGAUGAAACGUCAGGAUAAUAUAACACGUUCGCCAUGGAUAUCCCACAUCACCACUUCAAUUACUGGUAUCCACACAAUUCGAGCUUACAAUCGAACAAAAGAUUUUCUCGUUCGGUUUCAAGAACUUUUGGACACAAAUUCGAUCCCAUAUUUUCUCUACGUUGCUAUUAAUCGAUGGCUAGUCACCAGACUCGAUUUUAUGGCUAUAUCACUAGUCGUUCUCAGUUCUCUGCUUAUAGUUCUCACUAAUGGUGCGAUUCAGGCAGCAUAUGCCGGUCUAGCAAUUACUUCGACACUUAUGCUGUCACUGAUCUUUCAAUUCACGGCACGAACGUCAGUAGAAGCAGAAGCUAACUUUGUUUGCGCUGAACGAAUCGUUCACUACAUAACCACUGUUCCACAGGAGCCAAAAUCUGCCGGUAAGGCUGAUCUAGAUCCAAAAUGGCCUGAGUUUGGUUCGGUUCGAUUCAACAACGUGAAAAUGCGGUACAGAGACGGACUGCCUCUCGUUCUACAGGAUAUAUCAUUCACUAUAAAUACUUGCGAAAAAAUCGGAGUUGUUGGACGCACGGGAUCUGGAAAAUCAUCUUUGGGGGUUGUGUUAUUUAGACUUGUUGAACUGUGUGGAGGCAGCAUUGAAAUUGAUGGUGUCAAUAUAGCGGAAUUAUCAUUAUCCCAAUUGCGAUCAAAAAUUGCCAUCAUUCCACAAGAACCAGUUUUAUUCACGGGUACAGUGAAAUACAAUGUCGACCCGUUUGAUCAAUAUUCAGAAGAAGAAAUCUGGCUUGCUUUAGAACGGACACAUCUCAAAGAAACUAUAUCAUCCCUGCCUAUGAAACUAGAAGCCCCAGUAAGCGAAAACGGCGGUAAUUUUUCCGUUGGUGAAAGACAAUUAAUGUGCCUGACGAGGGCGUUAUUAAGGCGCAAUAAAGUGCUUAUUUUAGAUGAGGCCACUGCGUCAAUUGACGCAAGAACAGAUAGACUUGUGCAAGAUACUGUAAACGAAUAUUUUUCAGAUUGUACGUUAAUUACUAUUGCACAUAGACUGCAUACAGUAAUGACUUGCGAUCGUAUUAUGGUGUUAGACCAAGGCACGGUCGAAGAGUUCGAUACUCCUGAUGUCUUGUCAAAAAAUCCAGAUUCCGCCCUGUCGAAAUUACUUUCUUCAACUAUGGGAUAAAAACGUUUGCAGAAAAUGAAACCAAUGGAAUUUUUAUUUGCGUGUUAUGGGUAAAUAUCUAUAAAACACCAAACUAUGCUUGAAACCAAUAUAAAAAUGUCUCGUGGCCCUGUGGAUCGUUUUGUUAUUAUGUUGUUGUUAAACAAAUCGUUGUUUUUUUCAACUACUCGACCAAUUGCUUUGAAAUUUUCAAUGGUUAAACUUAUUGCUGUCGCUGGAAGGCCAUCACUUUUAUUUAUUUCAAAAAUAUCUAGGGGUUCUAUGGGAUUCGUUUUUACUUCGAAGUUUUGUGUGAUGACGUCAUCAUAAUAAAAAAUUACGUGCCGUGGUUUCGUGAUCACACCUCAGUGAUCUGGUUGCCAGAUUACUGGUACUGUAAAAUAUUUGUACUAAUUUGUUUUGGUCUUCGUGUCCAUAUAUUUGAGCAUCGCUCUCUUGUUUAAUGUAAGUUAAAUUCUUCCUAUGUCGUUCCAGUUGUGUGGUCCUCACGAUAGGAUUGAAAAGAUUUGCACUUCAUUAAUUACUACUUAGGCUUAUUGCACAAUAGUAAAUGCUGAAAUAUAUUUCACACAUGAUAUUGCUUCCUCUUAUUUUCAAUUAUUUUUUGAUAUGCACAUCGGGUUUUUAUUCACUAUGUUAUGAAAUGAAACGUGUUUUGAACUAUUUCUCAUUAGUCAUCAUUCUAUGUUGCUUAUACUUGCCACUUCUUAUUUAUUUUGUUUCCCGUAACAUGGUAUUAUUCCUUGGAGGCAUGAUUGGGAACUUAAAUUGUUUAAUCUGAAAUCUGAUGGUAUGCCUAUGGCGAAGGCGCUUGAAAAUUUGAAUGUACGUUUGUUUCAAAUUGAGUGUAAGCGUUUAUCCAUCGUCUCUGUCAAUCCGCUAUUCUAAUAAAAAGCAGAUGGGUUUUACCCAGGUUGAAAUCAUGUAUUAGCGUGUUCUUCAAACUUUUUUCAUCACGACCAACUUGUCACGGCCAAAUUUUUUCGCAACCCUCAGAAACUGAAAUAAAAAUAAAUUAAAAUUUUAUAAUGCAAAGAAUAUUAAAAAAAAAAAUUAUAAAAUUGACAAUACCUUUAAUAAGACGGAAGUGCUUACAUAUUCUCGCACAAAAGAUCGAAUCUUGGCCCUGUUUCGGUAAUGCUGAGUCUCGUGACGAAUUCCAAAUCUUUCAAAUUCGAUUGAUAUUUUGUUUUAACAUAAGUUAGCGUCGAAAAGGAUUUUACCGCAACCCCAUUGUUUUUCGCGAUCCACGAGAGGGUCGGGCCCACCAGAGUCAUAUCCUCCUCAAAAAUUUUGUGAGAUUUGAAUGUAAAAAUUGACAUGUUGAGAACGGGAAUUCAGUGUUGAGUAUCAUGUCUUGCGGGAGUAAAACAAUGUAACGUCCGUAUAUAUAUAUAUAUACCUCAUUUUAUUUCGUAUUUGUUUAUGCCAUGCACUGCCAGAAUAACCAGCUUCAAAUGAAUAGUAUAAGAAAUAAUUUAACAAGUAGUCCAUUUUUUUACUAUUGUUUCUUGCUACAUUGUACUUUUUUUGGAUAUUAGCGUGGCAAUGAGAUCUUUUAACUAAUAUUACAUCUUCACGCAUGUUUUAUAUUGCACUCUAACAUAUUUAAUGCUUUUUAUUUUAUGAUAAUUAAAUAGAAUGGUGACGAUGAUUUUACCCUCAAAUAAUUGUUUUUCUACCUUUUAUGAAAAAAAUUGCUGCAUUUGGAAUUGAUUUUGAAUAAGGAUUCUUAUUUUUAACCUGAAACAAAUAACUGGUUAACCAUCCCCACACCCGACAUGGACUGGUAACCGGACAAGAGACCGUGGCGCCUCAUAUAAACAGGCCGUCUUAUCGACUUUCCUCUCCCCGGGGUAUAUAUAAAUACAAAUACUAUCCCUAUCUUGAAUUAGACUAAAGGAUAAUUACUUAUGGAUCACACUACAUCAGUUGUCUCUAAGCGGUACAUUUAAACUAAGUUUUGUUUUUAAAUAAUAUUAAUGCGAAAUAUUUAAUGCAUUCUCAUAUUGCUUAACCAUUUGUAUAUUGCAUUUGCAGUACUUUGAUUUAUUUCUCUUGCCAUUUCACGGUACGAAUUACAUAGUUUCAAUGUAAA